AUUUCCUUUUCUUUUCUAAAAACACCUUGAUUGCAAACACGCGAGUUUUGUGUCGGGGUGCUAGAAAAAAUCGGAUUUUCUUCGGUAUUUUCUAUCCCGCAAAGAGCUUAUCGCUUGUUAAAGGUGCAACUUUUCCUCAACAACCAUGGGAAAGAAAAAGUUUAUCGACAAGAAGACGGCGGUCACGUUCCGGUUGGUGAACCGAAGCCAGCACGAUCCACUGUACGUGGACGAGACGGCCCCUCAGCAUGUGCUGGUACCGGUCAGAGUGCCGCCCAAGUACGCGAGCUUGAUCGCGAACAGUAACCGACCGGUAGCGGAAGGAAAGAUUGACGCUGCCAAGCGUAAGAAGGAGCAGGCAAAGUUUGGCAUUUUCUUCGACGACGAUUACGACUACCUGCAGCAUCUGCGGGAACCGGGCCGCAAUGAGGUUGUUUGGGAACCGGUGGCGGGGAAACCAUCCCCCAAGCCAGCAGCUGACACAGGGGAAGAAAAUGGCGUGGAAGAAGUGUCGCGCAUCAAACUGCCAAGCUCUGUGUUUGCUUCCGAGUUUGAGGAAAAGGAUGGCCUCAUGAAGAAAGCGGCCGAAGUUACGCGCGGACCCCGUCCCGACUGGGAUCCAGACGUGGUGGCUGCGCUGGACGAAGAUUUCGACUUCAAUAAUCCGGACAAUCAGCUGGAGGAUAAUUUCAUGGAGCUUGCAAUGCAGCCCGGGGCCGGCGGUGACGAAGACGACGAUGGUGAGGAUUGGUUCGAUGAGGAAGGGGGUGAACACGAGUUCGAUUCGGACGAGAUGGAGGGCGAUUAUUCGGACACAGAGGAGCGGGAUGGGCUGGGCCCGCUUGAUGAUCGGUACGGGCGGGAGGAAACAAAGUCUCGUUUCACGGAGUACUCCAUGUCUAGCAGCGUGAUCCGACGUAACGAGCAGCUGACGCUGCUGGAUGAUCGUUUCGAGAAGUUCUUCGAACAGUACGACGAUCCGGAGGUGGGUCCACUGGACUGUGAGGAAAUCGAAGGGCACGUGGAUCCGAACGAUGAUGUGCUGUUGCGUUGUGCGGCUGAAUUCAAGCGCGAACGUGAUGCCGUAUACGAUGCCGAGUAUGAAAAGCAAUGGAUCCGAGAGCGUCUAACGCAGCUGCAGGAUGAUAAUUCCGAGGAGGAGGAGGUCGCAAUGCAGGUUGAGGAUGGGGAACAGAAAAAAUGGGACUGUGAAAGUAUCCUUUCCACGUACAGCAACAUCUACAACCAUCCGAAGCUGAUACAGGAACCCAAAAAGGCACGCAAAAUUCUCAUCAAUCCGAAAACGGGACUGCCGGAAAAUGUGCUCGGUGCAGAGGGCGGUAAGCUGACGAUGAAAUCCAUUGCCCGGCUGGAGCAGGGAGGAAGUGAAAAACCUGCCGGUCCGAAAUCGCUCUGCGAUGGAAGCGUUAUUUCCACGCUAAGUGUACUCUCGAUCCGGCCCAAGGAUGAAACGCCCGAGGAAAAGCGGGAGCGCAAAAAGUUGCUGAAAGAAUACCGCUCCGAACGCAGGAUAGAGCGCAAGGCAAACACGCUGGCAUUUAAGCACGAGAAGCAACUGCAGGAGAAAAACAAGAUCAACUGCCGCAUGAACGCAGGCCAAAAGAUUGUUUGAAAGUUUCGCACGAUCGCCUGCUAUCGGCUCGUGUAAUGUAAGCUUGUUCUCCAUGUAUGUUACUUAUAUUGAAAUGUGUUUUGCUUUGCUAUUUACAUAAAGCGAAAUAUCUUGUAAAAACGGAA